CGAGGAGAUCCCAUGGAUGAUCGAGGACUUGGACGCCAUCGAACCGGCACCACUGGAGUCGCAAAGAACGCCUACAAGGGUCUGCAGCUGCGAUGAAGUCGACGUCCGCACGACUAGGGAACGCGGCGGUUUCCUGAGGAUACGCAGCACCGAGGUGACAUGGAGCAGCAGCAGCUUCUUGUCGCCCGACGAGGCGAUCUGGGAUCUGAGAAGGCGCACCAGCGAGGGUACGGAGUUCCGCUGGGAGCUCCAUACCUCGACCACCGACUUGGAUCUCGCCAGAAAGGCAAAGUGCAGCUGCCACAGUCUGGUUCCGGAAGAGAAGAAACGGCAGGGCCGCGGUGACCUCAGGAAGCAUCACAGUGCGGAGACGGACAAGUGGACGAUCAAACCGGAGUAUCUGCUAACGCCGAUGCACGACCUAAGGAAGCACAGUAGCGACGACACCAGAUUCGCGAGGGAGGCCAAAUGGCUACAGGUGCCGGACGUGAUGCCGAAUCCGAAGCCCAGGUGCACCUGUCCCAAGGUGAAGACACCGGCACCCGCGUCACCAGUGGAAGUGAAGCCGGAGGUGAAGGAGCCGGAGAAGCCGAUACAAAAGGAGGAAAAGAAAUUGUACUACUCCAAGUCGAUGACGCCAGAGGAAUCGGCCGUGCCAUGGGAGAAACCGGAGGUGAAGAGGCAAGCCAGCGAGGAUCCGAGAGCCGCCAAAGCCGGGAAGAGGGAUCGACCCAAGCUGGAGCGUUCGGCGCAAGUGAGAAGCGAAAGUUCGAGGAGAUGGGGCUUCUCCGCUAGGGAUAAAGACAAGAACAAGGAGAAGGAGAAGGAGAAGGAGAAGGUCAUAAGCCCGGUGGAGAGCAAGAAGCCGAUACGAGCAAGGUGGGCCAUGAAACCGCACGUCUCUCUGCCCGCCGAGAAGAAGCCGUCCAAGUGGUACAGGAGUCAGGACGAGCCGAAGAGCAAGAGUCUGCGCGAACGGCCCAAGUACAGCAUACGAAGGAGCAUGUCGCCGGAGCCGGAUCCACGACAGAUGAACAAGCUGGAGAACAGGAUUGUGCGACGUCUCAUCUCCCCGGAGAUCACCAUCACCAGCACCAAGUGGGCACCGUACGAGGACUCGUCGCCGUUACCGACGAUCGGGAUAAAGAAGCGCGAGCAGAAGCACAUCAGCGAGAUCAAGUGGACGCCGUACGACGAGUCGCCGAGCGAUAUCCCAGUCGAGGUAAUCGAAGACAAGAAAUGGUCACCCUUCCACAACGUCACGCCUACGCACUGUCCGCCGCCGGAGCCGGCAACGCCCACCAAGAGCGACGACGAGGAGUUCCGGUGGAAGAUCCUCAACCAGGUCCCAACGCCGUUCCCGCUCUAUCAGGGCGGCUGGAAGGACGAGUCGCCGGAGAAGACGCCGCCGAAGAAGACCACGCCGGAGGACCUGUCGCCUCCGAUUUGGUCGCCAAGGGUGCCUACCACGCCCACCGCCAAGCGGAAGAGUCUCCGCCACACGGAGAUCGUACAACCGCCGGAAUACUCGCCGGAGUUCUCGCCAAAGGGGCGCAGGCCCCGGCUCACCCGCAAGGGUGCGUUCAGGGCGAAAACAUCGCUCCCUUCCAAUCCUCUGGAGGACAGACUGCCCCAGGCCGGGCAUCCCCCGCCGACGGUAAUAAUACGCGCUGCUAGCGAGGAGUCGAAACGACAGAGGCCCCAGCUGACCAGAUCCAUAGCCCUGCUCGAGGUGCCCAAGCAUAUAGAUGCAACGAAGAGAUCGUUGAGCGAAGAGGGACCGCGCAUUCAACCACGCGAGCGUCCCAAACCGCCCGGUAGAACUCGCAGCGAGGAAGUGUCCAAGUACGACGAUCCUUGGUUGAGGUCCGAGUCGCCCGAGCUGCCUAUUCGGAGGGAGAGGCGUCCCGCGACCAGACUGCGGCUCGGUUUCCUCGCAAGGGCCUCAAGAAGAGUAUAAUCUUCGAAACCACCUAAAAGACGUGACGGCAGGGCACAACUAGUCGUGAUGAAGAUUAACGAGGUCGAACGAGACAGGAAGGAAGAUUCUAACGCGAUCGCGCCCGUAUGGACGCCGAAAACUUCGUUGGCCUACACGAAGACUACAAUGAAAAAAUACCA